AUGGGCGAUAACACCCAGGACGAAGAGGUGCUGAAGCAGAUCGAGAGGGAGGUGCGAAUGCGGGAGGGGGCCAGCAAGCUCCUGGCAGCCUGUUCCAGGAGAGAGCAGGCCCUGGAGGCCUCCAAGAGUCUGCUCACCUGCAACGCCCGCAUCCUGGCCCUGCUCAGCCAACUGCAGAAGAUGAGGAAGGCUCAAAUACUGCAGAGAGUGGGACGCAGGCCAUCUGAAGAUGUUUUGCCAUGUCUGGGAAAAAUAUCCCUUUCAGACCUGCGAAUCCCACUGAUGUGGAAGGACUCGGAGUACUUCAAAAACAAAGGAGAGCUGCAGCGCUGUGCUGUUUUCUGCCUGCUUCAGUGUGGCACAGAGAUCCAUGACACUGAUCUGGUGAUGGUGGACAGGACUUUAACCGACAUUUGUUUUGAAGGCACUAUCAUAUUCAGCAAAGAGGUAGGUCCAGAUUUCCAGCUUCGUGUUGAGCUGUACAGCAGCUGUGUGGUCGAGUAUUUCUCCCCGGGGGCUAUAGGACCCAGGAGAGUGAGCUGUCUGGGGGCCACAGUGGGAUCCUCCUCUGGGAAAAAGAUCCGUGCUGCGUUCGAGUCUGCAGCUGUUUGUGGAUCCAGUGGAGGAAACUCAGGACCUGGAAGUGUGCUGCCGCCUUUAUCCCCUGACCUGUCAGCACUGGGUCUCAAGUAUAACCUGCUGGCUCACACAACACUGAGAAUCGAACACGUCCAGGAAGGUUUCAAGACGCAUGAUUUGUCUCUAGCAGCAACAGAGGAUAAUCCAUUCUGGUUGCCUCUGUAUGGCAGUAUGUGCUGCUGCCUAGUAGCUCAGCCUCUGUGCAUGAUUCAUCCAAUCAUAAGUGGCCAGCUGGAGGUUAAGCUUGGAGAAGACCUUAAUUGCUGUGAAAAUGUCUAUGGCGUCCUCAGGGGCCAAAAUCUUCUCUGCUAUAAGAAUGAAGAAGACCUGGAGUCUGAGGAGAAGCCAUUACUAGUAAUCCCCAUCAGAAAGGAUAGUGUUGUCUGCGUGUCAGAGAGCGACCCAGCCCAUUGCCAGAGUAUAUGUAUCAGCACAAAACAUCAUGGAGAGGAUGUGACCUAUACGCUGACCACGCACACACCUGAAGACGGGAAGCGUUGGAACGAGGCCAUCAGCCAACACGUCUUCAACAUGAGCCAGUGGAAGCAGUGUUGUGAUCACCUCAUGAAGAUUGAAACGCAGAGCUCCCGGAAAGCCAUUCCAGUGAAGCAGGGAUCGCUAUACCAUGAAAUAGUAACACCCCCCUCUCCCGGUGAGGGUCUUGUGGUUCCGGAUUUAUCCGUUGAGAUCCGCACUUUGCUCUCUUCCUACUACAAGGAAAGGUAG